CUGUGUUUACCUCUCUUAAGCAAUUAGUUUUAGUGUUUAAGAUUUAUCAAUAUUUUGGGAUGUAUGGAAAAAAAUACUUUUCUCCAGAAAACCUUACAGGGAGAAAGAAAUAAUAUUACAUAGGUGAACGUGAUUUAUCACAAGUGAUGUAUGCAAAAAAUCUCGAUCCAGAGCUUGAAAAGCUCAGAAAAGAAGCUCUGAGGCACCAAGCUUUAGAAACUGUAAUUUUGGAUGCUGUAGCAUCAAAAAUUCAUGCAGCUUAUCUUUUUGAAAACGAGGGUAGACAGUUGCUGCAAAAAUUGUGCCUUUUUGUAAGUGCAACGGCAUCAGGUAAAAUUUAUGGGGAUUGGCAAAUGUUUGCUGCUCAUCUUGGUUUACUCAAUGAACAAAUACGGUGCAUUGAUUAUGAUUUCAAAGGUUUACAAGAUCCUACAUACUAUACUUUGUUGGCAUUCAUUCAAAAUGAUGAUGCUACCAUAGAUAAAAUAUACUUAGCACUGCAAAAACUUGAAAGAUUAGAUGUUAUCAACAGAUUGGCUAGUUAUUUUAAUGAAUUUGUUAAGGACAUAACUAAAAAUCAAGAGAUGAAAAAUGGCAUGUACCAACCAAACUCAAUACCAAAAGCUCCAUUGGUACUCAGUCCAAUUGUAAAAAAAGAUACCUACUCAAAUCAAGAAACUGUCAGAAUAACCAGUAACGACAGUAAAAAUAAUAUUGCUAAUUCAAAAGUGAGAAAUAUAAAAUAUGGCAGCAUAAUCAUGCUUACAUUCGCGGAGGAUGGAAAGAGUACAGUAGAAAAAAUCGCAAAAGUUUUUAGAUCGGCAGAUCCUAAGAUUGGAGUAAUCAUCUUACAAGAGCAAGAGAAACACAUUUUCAGUGGAGCUGAAAAAUUUGUGGAAGAAUGUUUUCAGCAAGUCAAUUACAUUGUGCCAAUAUUGACGCAAGGAUACUUGAAUAAAAUAAAUAAUUAUACGCCUUAUGAAAGUGAUAACAAUAAUAUGGAUGCAAAAUACAUAAGAUAUAUUUUCUCACUGCUUAGAUAUGAAUACGUCAAAGCAGACUGUAUAAACAAUAGAGUGAGGUGCAUAAUUCCAGAUGCACAACUCAAAAAGGUGUUGUCUAUGGAAAUGCAUCCUACUUUGCAUGCUUGGUUCAGAGAAAGCGAUGUGCCUUUGUUCACCGAUAGGAUUCUUUUGCAAAAGUUAUGA